AUGUUUUUUGGAGAAAGAGUUGCUAGCCGCCUUCUAAUUUCUCCGUGGCCGUCGCACUACUGGAUUGAUUUGCCAUUAGUCCCGUUCAUGUUGAUUGCAAGUCGGCUUCCUAUUUUCGCUAACUUUUCUACAUGGAUUCCAACCUUAGCACUCAUGCCCCUGACGGGCUCAAUAAAUACGUCUCCGAUGAGACCAGUGUUCAAUCGCUAUCCGGCACGAGCGAUGUUUUCUAACGGUUACCCGCCAGAUCCUUUCAUGACUGCAUUGCUACUACCAUGGUUGCAUUGUUUGUUCAGGCAUUGUGUUUCCCACUGGUAUCCAACAUAA